UUGUCCCCGCCCUCCAUAUCAUGUGAUUCAGGUGUUCCAAUCCCCUCCAUAUCAUGUGAUUCAGGUGUUCCAAUCCCCCCCAUAUCACGUGAUUCAGGUGUUCCAAUCCCCUCCCAAUCAUAUGAUUCAGGUGUUCCAAUCCCCUCCAUAUCAUGUGAUUCAGGUGUUCCAAUCCCCUCCAUAUCAUAUGAUUCAGGUGUUCCAAUCCCCUCCCAAUCAUGUGACUCAGUGUUCCAAUCCCCUCCAUAUCAUGUGAUUCAGGUGUUCCAAUCCCCUCCAUAUCAUGUGAUUCGGGUGUUCCAAUCCCCUCCAUAUCAUAUGAUUCAGGUGUUCCAAUCCUCUCCAUAUCAUGUGAUUCAGGUGUUCCAAUCCCCUCCAUAUCAUGUGAUUCGGGUGUGUCAAUCCCCUCCAUAUCAUGUGAUUCAGGUGUUCCAAUCCCCUCCCAAUCAUGUGACUCAGUGUUCCAAUCCCCUCCAUAUCAUGUGAUUCAGGUGUUCCAAUCCCCUCCAUAUCAUGUGAUUCGGGUGUUCCAAUCCCCUCCAUAUCAUAUGAUUCAGGUGUUCCAAUCCUCUCCAUAUCAUGUGAUUCAGGUGUUCCAAUCCCCUCCAUAUCAUGUGAUUCAAGUGUUCCAAUCCCC